CUAUAACUUGAUAAGUCUGUCUGCCUAUAUGUACGACUAGAAUGAAUAUUUGAGCUCUUGAGUGGUGACUUGAGAUAGGGAUAUACCGAAGACAUUCCUAUUGGUUUAAUGGAAACGUGAGGAAAUGAAAGGGUUACUCCACAUACUAUAAAACCUCCCCUCUAUAACGGACCAAGGCAUCGUGGACGGGAGGACUGCUUACGAGUGACAAGUGUACAUCAAGUACUGGAAUCAUCGUAACUACAACACUUAUAAAUCAUGAGUGAGAGACAAGGAUCUGGAGCCAUGAGUGGAAACAGCAAACCUUCUGGACAAGAUGACUCCAAGAAGGAUGCUCCUGAGGAGGACUUUGCGGAUAUCGACAUGAAGGCCCCUGAGACGGAGAAGGCUGCUGUGGCGAUCCAAUCACAGUUCAGGAAGUUCCAGAGCAAGAAGAAGCAGGAAGUGAAGUCCUAGAGUGGGCAGGACAGGGCCAGGCAGCUCUGUCUCCUAUAAGCUGGGACUGCACCAAUUGGGGGCUUGGUCUUGCAUGUCAAUCAAACCACACUGUUAUGGACUCAACGGCGGGGGGGCCUGGAGGGAGGGUUUGGGGUUAAAGAAUCAAGGGAUCACUGAUAUCUUUGUGAAAUUAUUAUGUGUAACUUAUUAUUAAUUGCUGUGUCCAUAAAUUAUGAUUAAGUUCUGGAUAUAUCUUGAUCUUUCCUAUGAUUUAGCUUUUGUUGUGUUUUAUUGAUACUGUUAUACUCUCUAUAUUGUCCAGCUAUAGCAGUCCAAACCCUUAGUAGUACUCUCAUGUCUCAUGUCAUGUAUGCUAUAAUAUACACAUUUGAACAGUAAAAAGCUGCUUAAUAAGUAGGUUCCCUCGUAAAGCUAUUAAGGAACUGGAACUAGGGUUUUAUCACCCUCAGGAGGAACAUGUAUUCGUGAUGAUUGAUCGUCAGAUUCCAGUCAUGAUUGCAUUGGCAUUCUUUUCAGCUAUGGCAUCAUAAAUCGAAAGAUUUUAUUUUCCUAUGAGGUCUGUUAAUGGUGUUUACCUCUCUCUGUGGAGUGUUUCCAGACAAUACAGCUUGUUUUGUUUGAUCCCUCCCAGCUAGCGCAGCGCCCAUUGUCUUUCAUACCUUAUGACUGAAGCAUUUAGAAUUGAAUCAAUGGGUCUAAUUUGCUUUCCAUUCUCCGAUAUCUCUCUGCAACUUGGCAACUAAAUCUAGGGCUUAUUCCAUUAUUCAUGUGAAAAUUGUGGAUCUUUUAUUUUUUCCUUGCUUCCCUUUAACAUCAACGUCAAUAGAAAAUGUUCUUUUAUCUUUCUGUUUUUGACUUUUUUUUUACAUUUGUUGUUUUUGAUUGUGUUUCUAUUGAUCUUGUGAUUUGAAUCCCCAUUGUUUCCUUUGAAGUCAUUGCUCAAAACCAAAUGAGUAGAAUAUACUGUACAAUACCAUCAUCCUUCAGUAGACACCUUCAAAUAAUAUAUACUUAAUAAAUAUCCCAAAGAGG